AUGGACCAGCCGAUCCAGUAUGCACAGCUCCCCAAGUUUGAGUACCAGACAAUCGAGCGUCACUAUCAGACCUUCGACCCUCAUACUCUUCAAUUUUCAUAUUAUCCUGUCAAUAGUGCAUCUUCGGAUCGUCUGACGCCGAAUAAGGAUCAGGACAACAAUGCCACCAAACCAGCAAAGGUCCAAGCCCAAGAUCCAGCUCCCGAAGAAGGAUCAGAUUCACCGCCCGUUGAUGCCUCAUCGUCUUCUCCCGAGGCUGGAGAUUCUUCUGAAGCAACAACUCCUCCCGCUGAAUCGAUAGAGUCUCUUAGUGAGGCUCCCAACGAAUCGAAAGAGGAGGGCGAAAAGCCUUCUGCAGAAAACGCGGAGCCCGAGCAACCUCCGGAGAAUGAAGACGGUUCAAAUGGCAAUAAGGACGACACGGCUGCAGAAGAUCAGAAACCCCCCACAGAAAGCAACGAGGCCCAGAAUGAGGAUGACUUCCCAGAAUGUGAUCCUACAGCAGCGAUUGACAAAGUUGAAGCUGAAAAAGAAGCAGCUGCCAAGCAAGCAGAAGAGGACGCUAAAGCCGAGGAAGAAGAGAACGCCGUAAAAGAGGAGGAAUUGAUCGAUUUUGACUCUGGCCCAGAGAUUGAGGCAGCGCCCGACCCUCCUACCGAGACCCAAGAGAAUGAGGCAAGUGUAGAAGCUGAGACCGCGCCUCCAGCAGAAGAUGAUAACAGUCCUGAUGAGACGUCCAAGGGCGCUGGAUCUCCCGAAGAUGAAGUAUCGACUGCAGAGCUAAUAGCAGAUGAUCAAGCACCGGAACCCGAAGCCAACGCUGAGACGUCAGCCGAGAAAGAGGCGGCAGAGAAGCCGACGAAAGCGGACGCAGAAGCUCAAGAGGAAAGUCCUACUUCCGAAAACCUAGAUAAAGAAACCACAGAGCCUGAACCUGAGCCUGCUGAGACUGCAACUCCAGAAUCUCCAGAGGAUACCCAACCAGAUGCUGGGGAAGUACCAAAGGAAAUUGCGGAGGAACCGUCCGAUGAAGCUCGAGCAGACUGGGAUACAAACGAAUCUCUACCUGAGCCAGAAGAAACAGCACGAUGCGAAGAUGAAUCUAAACUGGAUGAAGGACCGGUGACGGCAGAAGAUCAGGCAACCAAAGAAACAGCCGAAGAAACACCGAACGAUACAUUAGAAGAAACCGCCCAGCCGGAGAAUGUUGGGGAUGCACCUGAGGCAGAGGCCGCUGCAAGCGCUGACUCUAAUGAAGCCGUUUCUGAGGAGCCUUUAUCCGAAGAGCUGAGUGAGAAGGCAGGAGAUACACAGACUGGGGCUGAGAACGUCGGCAUAGCUGCUGAUGAGCCCUUCGAUAAGCCUGCCGAAGAUGCUCCUGCUGCAUAUGCUGGCUCUGACAAGGAAGUUAUGGAGGAGACUGCAGUUAAAAGUGCGUCCGAAGACCCACCUGGUGAGCAAGUAGCCCCGGAAGAGACUCCAGAAGCGACACCGGAAGAUAGACCAACGGAAGAAAAGUCUUCUGAAGACUCGCCCGCGGAAAUCCCAUCGGCCGUGGAAGAAGCUCCGACUGAAGCACCCGCUGGAACUCCUCAUACUGAGGAGUCUGCUACAGGGGAACCGCAGACUGAAGAAACACUCGCUGAAGAAGCUCCAGCUGAGGAAGAGUCAUCUCCAGAGUCGGCUGCUCAGGAAGUCAUAGCAGAAGACGCAUUUCAGGACAAAGAAGCAGAAUUAGACGAGGCUCCUGCUCCUGAAGAGCCUGCGGACGCAGCCGAGGAGUCGGCUCCUGCAGAAGUACAAACCGAGAAAGUUCCAAUGGAGGAACCAGAAGAGGCCGUUUUUCAUGAAGAAUUUGCGCCUGCUGAAGAGCCUCCUGAAGAACCUGCUGCUGAAACGGUGGACGCUCCAGAAGCUCCCGUUGAAGAGCAGGAAGCCUCCAAGGAAACUCCCGCUAAAACUGCCCCUGAAGAGCCUACGCCAGCUGCGGAAGAGACCAUCACUGAGGAGCCGGCUGUGGAGCAAUCGGUGCCUGAUAGUGAACCUCCUGCAGAUGAGCCUGCUCCAGCUGAUGAGCCCACUGUCAAUAAGUCUACUGCUGAAGAACCCGCUACUGAAGAGACUGCACCUGCUGAAGAAUCUGCUCCAGUCGAACCUCCUGCCACGGAAGAACCCGUUACUGAAAUGCCUGCUGAUCCUGCUCCUGUUGAAGAGCCUGCUGCAGAAGAACCUACUGCUGUCGAAGCGCCUGCUCCUACACAGGACCCUGCAAUAGUCGAUGAUGCCACUCCGAUUGAUGAACCUACCGAUCGAGAGCUUCCUGCUGAGCCUACGAUUGAGGCGCGUUCUCCCGAUGAUCCACCUGUCGAAGAACCCGUAUCAGCUGACGAUGGGCCCGUCGCUGAAGCGCCCCAUACUGAAGAGCCUGCCCCUGAAGAGAUCCCUGAAGAAACACCAGAACAAACAGGUGCAAGAGAACUUCCCGAAGACUCCGAAGCUGUCGAGUCCUCCAAGGAUAUCCCUUUGGAAGCCGCGGUUCUCGCAGGCACGGCUCUGGUAGCACCGGCCGUGUUAGGAAAACAUGGCUCGAAAAGGAGAAAGAAGCGCUCCCCCAAUUUGGAACGCGAGAGACGCCCGUCCAAGAGCUCAUCCGAAGAGCACCGAUCGGCGCACAUGCAGCGACAAAAGAGCGACCGGGGCCUAUUUACGAAUCGUUGGGCCAGAACACUGGACGAAGCCAAAAGACAGCACGAGGAAAAGGUCAAGCAGAAGGAGAAAGCCUACACUACGGACAAGGGGCGCGAGAGAGAAACCCGACGAGGGGAACGAGUAGAGCGAACGGAGCAGCGAGCUGUGCUAGAAAGGGAGCCUGAACGAGACCAACCUCGGUCCCAUCACCGCACUUCAGAGAACUCAGGCAGCCGCGAACGAAGAGGAGACCGCGACCGUGACCGUGAAAGAAAGUCAGGAUCUUCCUCGAGACAUGCCCAGCCAGCGGCACAAAAACCAAGGGCUUUCCUUAAGUACAUGACCACGGGCAAAUCCGAAAAUGGGCCCUUACUCAGGAUCAACGGCGCCAAAGCCUCCGCGAACAUCGUCGACUCUCAUCGACGAUCUUCGACUAGCCACUCUCACAGCCAUCGGCAUUCGUCCGAGAAACAUGGCUCCAGCGAACGGUCCAGCGGUUCCCAUCGUGGCGAAGAGGACGAGCAAGCUCGACGUGAGCCCCGACGAGCCCGACGAAAAGUGGAAGAGCAAGAACAAGAGCGAGAACAAGAAGAUAAAGGCAAAGUAAAAGAGGAAUCCGACAGUCGCCGUCAUCAUCGCAGUGGAGAAGAACGUCGUCGUACCCACCGACAUCGCCGAGAUCCAUCUCCGUCGCGUGGAGGUUCGAAAUUAAAAGACAUGUUCAAGUCCGCUAUUGCUGCCCAUUGA